AACAGCGAUAAAAACACUUCCUGGAUAAUUUGUAAUGCGGAAAUUUUCUACAGACAUACAUGUGUGUGAGACAGAAUGGUGGUAACUGUGUGUCAUCUGUUCUUUGGAGUUCUGUUCAUUUUUCUAACAGAAGGUCUGGAUAAUCUUGCAAGUCUCAAUAACUAUAAAGGCCAGGCGUCACAGAGUUCAUCAUACCUGGAUAAAUGGCAUGCUGACAAUGCUGUGGAUGGCCAGUCUGAUCCGGGGCAUAAAGAAUCCUCAUGCAGUUUCACGAAAAGUGAAGAAGAAUAUCAGUCUGCGUGGUGGAAGUUGGCAUUGAAAUCCAUGUCAAAUGUGGCCUAUUUACAGAUUUUCUUCAGACCAGGCACGGUAGAUCGGCAUACAGGUUUCUCCGUGUUUGUUUUCAACGACACAAACAUCAAACCACCUAAUGGAUCCAAAGUAUUCACACAUAAUCCUGCUACAUGUCCACAGAAUGUCAUGAAUGUCACGGUUAACAGAGUGACGACAGGAGUGGCGAUAUUCAAUUCAAACAACGCUAGUCUGAAACAAUAUUGCAGAGACUAUAAAACACAAUUCGCAUCAAUCGAACUAUGUGAAGUUUACGUCAUGGGUUGCCCAGCAGGACAGUUUGGAUCUCUGUGCGACAUGUGUGACAUUAGAUGUUUGAACGGACAAUGCGAUGCGUUCAAUGGAUCCUGCAUUUACGGGUGUCAUAAUCCUUUGAAGACGCCUCCAGGCUGCAAUGUUUGCAUCGAUGGCUAUUACGGAGAAUUUUGUGAACAGUGUGGUCACUGCGAGACUCCAAAAAGUUGCAACAGAGAAAACGGACGAUGUGGGACCUGUCAGCAGCACUGGGAUAUGCCUGACUGUAAACAAUGCAAAAAAGGUUAUUUCGGAAAUAAUUGUUCAUUGGAGUGUGGACAUUGUUUGUCGGGAACUUUCUGUGACAACAUAACUGGAGAGUGUCCAACAGGUUGUGAAGACCAAUGGAGUGGGACCCAUUGUGAUGAAUGCAAUAAAGGCUAUUACGGAGAAAAUUGCGCAUUGGAGUGUGGACAUUGUUUACCUGGGACGUCCUGUAACAACAUCACCGGACAAUGUCUAGAAGGAUGUCGAGAUAAAUGGAAGGGGACGAAAUGUGACGUGUGCAGUCCUUACAAGUAUGGACCUAACUGUGCCUUUGAUUGCGGACAUUGUAAAGAUGGAAGCCCUUGUUCAACAGGGAAUGGAAGCUGUCUAAGUGGUUGUGAAGAUGGAUGGGGAGAUAUAUCUUGCUUGAAAGCAUCACCCAGAUCGGAUAGACAGGGGUUAAUCAGCACCGACAAAAGUCCCACCACAGGACUGUACGUAACUAUGGGAGUUUUAUCAACACUUCUCACUAUAACCGUUGUCGUGGUCAUAGUUCUGGUACAUAUAGUCCGCAAACAGAACCGGCAACCCUCCCACCAGCAUGAUAACAAUCCACCACAAAGCUUUGCUAAUCAUAUAGAAAUGGAGGGAACACACGAUUACGAUAAACUAGGAGUCAGAGAUACGGAUGAUUAUCAAGAAAUACCAACCGUUGUUGAUGACCAACUUCCACAGGAGAGACAUGCGUCAGACUCAAACUACAUUAACUCAACGUUGCAAUAACAAGAAUAUUGCAGAGUUACCAAAUAUGGAGUCCGAAAAUUGCCAUUGAACUUUGAACGAUACAUGCAUUAUUUCUGUCUAAUGAUCAAAAUAGAGCUUUAACUUAAAACAGUGUGAGAAACACUUUAAUCUAUGACAACAUACUAUUGUUUGGGGGCGACCACUCUCUAAUGUGUGAUGUUUUAAGGGAUCGCUGUGUGAUGUUUUAAGGGGUCGUUCCUUGUUCUACAAUUAAUUACGAGAUUUGCAUUCAUUUUUUAUCUCUUUUGUAACAAAAUAAAAUUGCAUAUCCAUGAA